AUGCUUGACAGUACUACUCUCAUUUUCCUAGGGCUAGCCGGAGUUGCCCUCAGCUCACAGCCUCAGGCACCAGACCCCAUUCCUGCGCCGCUGAGAGACCUGGAAUGGGGGCAGCUCAACUUCCUCCAUACCACCGACGUCCACGGCUGGUAUUCAGGUCAUCUACAAGAGCCGUCGUUCUCUGCUGAUUGGGGUGACUACAUUUCCUUCGCGGCCCGCAUGCGUGAGAGGGCCGAAGCAGCUGGUACAGAUCUCUUGGUAGUUGAUACUGGGGAUCGAGUAGAAGGGAACGGGCUCUAUGACAGCUCUGAGCCAAAGGGAGUGUAUGCCUCCGAGUUUCUAAAGAAGCAGCAUAUUGACCUGCUCUGCUCAGGAAACCAUGAGCUCUACAGGAAGAACACAUCAGAGGCCGAGUUCCUCACCACUGUUCCCAACUUCAGGGACAGAUACCUUGCCUCUAACAUCGACAUCACUGACCCGGACUCAGGUGAUGUCGUGCCUCUUGCUCCUCGGUUUAAGAAAUUUACCACCAAGGUACAGGGAAUUCGGAUCAUGGCGUUCGGCUUCCUGUUUGAUUUUACUGGGAAUUACAACAACACCGUUGUAACGCCUGUCGAAGAGGCGAUCAAGCAAGAUUGGUUUCAAGCAGCGAUCAGAGAUCGAGAAGUUGACCUCUUCCUUGUCAUCGGUCAUGUUCCGGCCAAGUCAAAAGAGUAUUCCGCUAUCUUUACAGAGAUACGGUCAGCCCAAUGGGACACUCCGAUUCAGUUCUUUGCCGGUCAUCACCACAUCCGUGACUAUGCCAAAUAUGACAGCAAAGCAUACAGCCUUGCUAGUGGACGAUUCAUGGAAACCAUUGGCUUUGCUUCCGUGAGCGGACUGAACACAACAGACAAGCAGAUCCCUGGCACCAAGAGUUCACCCUCUUUUAAUCGAAGAUAUAUCGAUAAUAAUCUCUACUCGCUAUACCACCACUCUGGCCUCAACGAGACAACUUUCCACACUCCCGAAGGGAAAGCAGUAACCGAAGAUAUCCGUAAAGCUAGGAGUGCUCUCAAGCUAGACCAUAUCUACGGCUGCGCCCCCAAAACACUGUGGAUGUCACGGUCUAAGUAUCCAUCCGACGACAGUAUCUACAGCUGGCUCGAGAGAGAAGUUCUCCCCGACUCGCUCAACCCCGGCCUCCGUGAAAAUACCACUGGUCUCGCCAUCAUUAACACGGGCGGUAUCCGCUUUGACAUCUUCAAGGGCCCAUUUACCCAGGAUGGUGCGUAUAUUGUGUCACCCUUUACAAACGAGUUCCGGUACAUGAAGGACGUGCCAUACGAGAAGGCAGUCAAAAUCCUACAGGUCCUUAACCAGGCAGCCAACAUUCUCAUCCAGGGGGAGGAGAUCACGGACUCUUCCUUUCUGAGCCCGCCAGAACAGCAGUCUAGGGAUGAGGACUUUGUCGUCGAGGCUGGCCAUGUAUCAGCAGCGCGUCUAGCUGGCAACGAACAGAACCCACUACAGUUCGACGGAGGGCCUAGCCUGAUACCCGGAUACACCACCAAAGACGAUGCUGGCGCGGACGGAGACGACACGGUACAUGCGCCUGUGUCCUUCUACCGAGCUCCAAACUGCAUAAUGUCGUUGAUAUCGGACAGGAACUCCACUACCACGCCAGAUAAGGUCGACCUGCUCUAUCUCGACUUCCUGGAGCCCUGGAUGACUGUUGCUACCAAAGUUGUUGGCAUCGACUUCGAUCCCAAGAAGGAUUCAGAGGCAUUCAUGCCGGGUGUCCAGCUGAGGGCCAUGCUCACCGACUGGGCAAGCAAACACUGGAGCUGCCCCAGCUCCUAA